GAGCACCGUAAACGCACCACCAUCACAGUGGAGCUCGCUGCCAAGCCCAAACUUCUACUCUUCUUGGAUGAGCCUAUGUCCGGCCUAGACUUGCAAUCUGCCUGGGCUAUUGUACAUGUCCUUUGUGAGCUUGCUGAUCAUGGUCAGGCCAUUCUCUGCACAAUCCAUCAAUCUUCAGGAGAGCUCUUCCAGGUCUUUGACAGGUUGCUGCUCCUUUGCAAGGGUGGACAGACCAUCUACUUUGGUGAUACCGGCGAGAACUUGUCGACUAUGCUGAACUACUUUGAGCAUAAUGGUGCUCCGCACUGUGGCUCCAAUGACAACCCAUAA